CCCUCCCAUAUAACCCAGCCGACCGGAACGGAUAGGGCUUCCCCGUCUCGCCGCCGGUUCGUUGUUUGCUCUCUCCGCUGCCCGUGCGAUUCUCGUGCUGCGCUUCGUAGCUUCCGAGCCAGUAGUCUCUUGCCGUAUCGCGGCGGCGGCGGGUUUUGUGCGAGUUAGGGUUAGGGUUUCCGUGUUGCGAAGAGGGUAGCAGGAGGCGGCGGCGGCGGAAAUGGAGGAGGUGACGGAGGGGGUGAACAACCUGGCGAUUACGGAGCCGCACAAGAAGAACCGGAUCCAGGUCUCCAACACCAAGAAGCCGCUAUUCUUCUACGUGAACCUCGCCAAGAGGUACAUGCAACAGCACGAGGAUGUGGAGCUCUCGGCCCUCGGCAUGGCCAUUGCCACAGUGGUGACUGUUGCUGAAAUUCUGAAAAAUAAUGGGCUUGCUGUUGAAAAGAAGAUCAUGACAUCCACAGUUGAUGUUAAAGAUGAUUCAAGGAGCCGCCCUAUCCAGAAGGCCAAGAUCGAGAUAGUGCUGAGCAAGUCGGAGAAAUUUGAUGAGCUGAUGGCAGCAGCUGCGGAGGAGAGGGAAGCUGCUGAGGCCGAGGAGCAGAGCUAAAUAUCUAUUUAAAAUUUUGCUGCUGUUCAAUUAGUAUCAUGCUGCUAGGUUUUGGUUUUAAUCUCUUGGCCAACAAGAGACAGAUACUUCUGUAGUCAAUCAAGAGCUCUGCUCAUUUGAUUCAUUCUUAGUGGUAAUAGUAACUUGUGCUCAUGAUAACAGGUCCUUCGAAUUGUAAUGGUAACUUUUGUUCA